ACGAGGGGAGGCCCCCAGUCAGCUGGUCGACAGGACGACGUCAACAGAAGACAUCAGGUGUUCACAGAUGCGUGAUGACGUCCAACCAGCUGUCUCUCCAGUCCCUCCGGGCGGCAAGUCAAGCCAAGGAGCUGGCGGACAAGCGAUCCGAGAUCCGCCGUAAGAGUUUGCUCAUCCUGGUGCAUCACUACCUCGACCAAGAAGGGUUCCCCGACGCCGCCAAGUUCCUCGCGCAGGAGGCCAAGCUCAACACGGAGCAGUUCAGCGUGUGUGACAACGUCGACCUUUCCAAUAUCCUGCAGGAGUACGAGGCCUGGUAUGUGGUCAAGCACCAGCGCUACCCGCGGCUGGCCAAGCGGGUGUUGGGGCCGCGUCCGAACCCGAAGCCGCACCGAUGCAGCAUCCACGACGGCUCAGACGCCCCCGCCAAGAAGGAGACGCCCAGCGAGAAGAAGAGUCCUUUCUUCAACAGGCGGCGAUCGCUGCCGCGUCACGGGGGCUCCGGCAGCAGCAUCAACCGCGCCUCCAGCGACCCGGCGCUCAGCGACGAGGCGUCCCUGCCGGAGACGCGCUCGCAGUCCCGCUCCAGGAACUACGGCAGGAACAGGAACCUCGAUAACAAGAAGCGAGAGGAAAUUAGCAGGAGCGUGAAGGCGAGAGACACAUCUCUUGGCGACGAACGAGGGCGUCGGCGAACCUUGGCCCCGCUGGUUGGGCGGCGUCUGUCCGGAAACCUGCGAAGUCCAGGAGACGAGAAGAAGGACCCUUCGAAGUCCUCGUCGGACACGGACAGCGAGCGGGGCGCCGGCCUCGGGCCCGUCAAGACCGGCAAAAUGCCGAGACAAGUCCUCGACCUCAAGCAGAUGAUCAGCGAUUACACUCGCCUCGAGGACAACAUCGGCGACAUAGGGAAGGGGCCGCGGACGCAGGCGCAGCUCAACCCCAAUCAAGGUCAGGGAGGGGGGGAGGGAGGGAGGGAGAGAGAGAGAGAGAAGGAGAGGAGGGCGGGAUUGUGGGACGACAAGAGCGUGAAGCCUCCGAUCCCGAUGCCUCUCUUCACCGGAGAGUUCCGCGACCUCGCGAACAUCAUCCACAGGGAGAUCCUCGUCGAGAACCCCGAGGUGCACUGGUCCGACAUCCUGGGGGUCGAGGACGCCAAGAGGCUGGUCAAGGAAGCGGUUGUCUACCCGCUCAAGUACCCGCAGCUGUUCGUGGGCAGGUUCAAGCCGUGGCGGGGCAUUCUCCUGUACGGUCCUCCGGGCACAGGCAAGACCCUCCUGGCGAAGGCGGUGGCGACGGAGUGCAGAACGACCUUCUUCAACAUCUCCGCCACGACGCUCGUCUCCAAGUGGCGCGGUGACUCGGAGAAACUCGCCAGGGUGCUGUUCGAGAUGGCGAGGUUCCACGCGCCCUCCACCAUCUUCGUGGACGAGGUGGACGCCCUGAUGGCGGCGCGGCAGGGCGAGCAGGAGCACGAGGCGUCGCGCCGCAUGAAGACGCAGCUCCUCGUCGAGCUCGACGGCCUCACCAAGUCCAACGACCACGUCUUCCUCCUCGCGGCCUCCAACGUCCCCUGGCAACUGGACCCGGCGAUGCUGCGGAGGCUGGAGAAGCGCAUCCUGGUGCCUCUGCCGGGCAUGGAGGCGCGGGAGGCCAUGUUCAGGCACCAUCUGCCCGAGGUGAUCUCCGACCUCGCUGAGACGGGCCACGCCAUCAACACUGACCUCGAUUACGAAAAGCUGGCCAAGGUCUCGGAGGGCUACAGCGGCUCUGACCUGCAGGUGGUGUGCCGCGAGGCCGCUAUGGGCUGCCUGAGGAAGGUGUUCAACGUCCUGGAGGAUCACUCAGUUGAGGACUCAGAGUUACCGGACCUGAAGCUGGACACGAUCAAGAUGGAGGACGUGGAGACGGCGCUGUCGAGGACCAAGCCGACGCAGAGCAACCACCAGCAGUACCUGGAGUGGCACGCCAAGUACGGGUCUGCGUAAGGCGUGGGCGUCGCUCCCCCAGCGCCCUCUCUUCCGUCGUCAGCGCCGCCGACUCCGAAGCAGAGUCGAGGACUGUCCACCCUGAAAUGCAGUCUCGGGAAUCUCGGUGCAAACAGAACUUCUUGCGGAAUUCUUUUAAGAAGGAUUCGAGAACUCCUCUUAAAGAGGCUGAAAAAAGGAACUGAAGUACAGAGAUAAGAAGAUCAUAAGGACAAGAAGGGAUUAGAAUAAAGAUGCAAAUCGAAGUCUGAGGUAAAGAGCGCUUCGGAAAAUCUCAUGUGAAGGAUCCAAAAGCUUCUCUUUAAGAAGCCGGAAAAAAGAACCGAUUUAUAGAGAAAACAAGACAAAGAAAAGCGAAAAGAAAUGAGAAUAAAGAUAAAAAACAGGAACAAAAAGUGCUGAAACGGUUUCUUCACCCGUUUCUUGUUCCGGAGCGAACGAACAGCGCCGCCCAGCUGGACCUCCCAUCGGCGCUCCGUCUUGCGGGCGUAACCGAGACGAAAUCUAUUUUAUUUCCCGCGAGAUUAAUGCGUUUGGUGGGAAGACGUGUGUAUUCAUAUGGAUCUUUACUGUAUAUUGCGAAGUGUGGAUGAAGACUUUUGUAUUUGUAUACAGUUCGUUUAGAAUAGGGACAUCUUUGUGUAGAGAAUGUAUGAGACUCUAGGUACUGGCGGAAGUUUCAAGUCGACCUUUGAUGUGUAAAUAAGAAUCCAGGCCAGUUUAGUUUAUCGACGUUAGGUGAAUGCUUUCUAAAAUAGAAAGCUCUGUUCUUAAGCUAAUUAAGGACGAACGUUCAGGUUCUACAGUCCUGUUGUCCAGUGUCGGGUCCUUGUACUCGAAAUGCCAUGAAAUGGAAACUCCUUUUUCUCUAACAUUUUUUGUAAAUAAGAUCUUGAAAUAAAUAACUGUAAAAUGUUUACAA